AUGCGUGGUCCUAUGAUGAUCAUCGGCUACACGGUCACCUCCGAGUCGCUUGACGAGUUUGCGCAUGAAGUUGAAUGUCCCCUUACCGACAUCGUUGGCCUUGGUAACGCACUGACGGAACGACUCGACACUAAGAUCGUCGUCGCCAGAGCGCUCGAAAAGCAGCGGCUGAACCACAAAUGUUUCUACCUGAUCCCCGGAGGGUUCGACAUACCGAUCGACCCCACGAUGACCGACCGGCUCUUGCUGUACAAGGAGUUUCAAGAGAAAGUCGCGCAUGUGCCGCGGGGGUUCAAGCAAUUACCAAAGCUCCUCUGGCUCUUGGAGCCCGACUUGAAUUAUUUUAUCGUCGGCGGGGAGAACACCGAGGUCCGGCUCUCGACAGACGGGGAGGAUGGCGAUGAACACGAUUGUGUGACAAAACUGAGAUUCCUCUCGAUGUAA